CUGAGGUUGAGUCAGUGAACGUUCUUCCACAGGAGCUCCAACACAUGAAAUAAAGUGGACCUAAACUUUAGCGGCAUAUCAGUCUACACUGGAUGAAAGACAAUUCUCAGCUGUAUGUGUGCGCAUGAUGAAAGAGAUGAGUUUCUCCUCUGAUGUGAUGACACAUCAUGUUUCUGGCUGGGUUUCCAUCAUCUGGUUCGCUACAGCCGUCAGCGUUGCUGUCAGUCAAGGUGUGAAGCUCCAGACCAUUCCCCAGGUGGCUGCACAGUGUGGAGACAAUAUCAUGCUGAUUUGUAUUGCCAGCUCAUCAGGCCAGUUGGACAAUAAUUCAUUAUUCUGGGUGGCUAGAAAUGAAAAUGUGUGUCAACAUAGAGAGGGCCAACCUGACUCUAAGGUUCUGUGUGAAAUCACGGCCCAGCCUCCCCACCACAAAUUCACUCUGAUUCUCUUCAACGUGAUGCCCGUCGACCAGGGAGAGUACCUCUGCAAACUACGCUCCCCCCAAGGAGCAAAGUCUAACAAAACUGUUGUUACAGUACAAGACUGCUUUGAAAGCUCUGACUCCUUCAUCAAUGAGUCUCGUGCUGAGUGCUGGUUCAGUGGAGUUUACCCCAGAGCCACCGUCCGCUGGUUCCGGGGAAGUGUUAACUUAACCGACACUGCCAGCACACAGGAGGAGGAAGACCAUCAUGGACGGUACAAUGUCUCGAGUACAAUAGAUGUACAGAGAGGAAACCUGAGAACGCCGUACACAUGCUCAUUGUGGAUACCUUCUGCCGGGAAGGAGCUCGCCGCUAUAAGCCUGCCACUGCCUAUCAUUGAGCAAAAGCUCACUGCGAACGACUCAUCAGGAAGCAUGGUCAAACUGCAGUGGAUCUGUAUCAUGGUGGAAAUCAUGAUGGUGAAACUUAUGAUAUAAAGGAAACAAAAAGGUAGAAUUCAGGUGUUGAAAGAAAAGUUGAUAAAAAAGGAGAAAUGAAUAGGAGAUGAUUUCAACAUCUAAUUUCUUGCAUUUGAGAGCCUACAGGCAACUUUCUUCUUUGGAAAGACAAGAGUUGGUUGUUUUUUUUGCUCCAAAACCAUUCUCAUCCCUAGGGCGUCAAAUACCAACGCUUUCUCAUAGCCGUCGGCGUUCUAUACCGACGCACCAGGCUUUCAAUUAACUACAAUGUAAACCCAGUAAAUGUUCAGGGAAAGUGCUGUGGUGACAUAGUUUAAAGAGCAAAAGAGACACACAAGGUGGGAGGGGAGGUGGAUGGGUCC